AAUAAAAUAGGUGCGUGUGCAACCCCCCGCAGGUUCCCCCCAUUUCCCCCUCCGGACCUCAGGACAUGAGGAGGGGGGGAAGGUACAUGAUGCAGUACGAAAGUGUCAGACGCGGGGUGCCAGUGCGGGCCAAGGUGAGGGCAGUCAGAAUCUUCUGCGCUUGUGUGAAGGCGGGGCAUAUAUGUGUGUCCCGAGUGAGAGCCGCAGUAGUAUCGCCUGUGCACUUCUUCAGUGAGCAUUUGCCCUUUGGACUAGGAGACUACCUCGCUAGUGAACAGUGAGAGACAGACAGUCUGAGCUUCGCCGUGCUUGAGUGAACAUGGUGUAUUGUGUGUCCCAGUGAAGAAGAGUCUGUGCUACCGCUAACCCUUGCCACUCUCUGGUGACUGGACACACCUCACCACUUCUCUAUUUGAUCGUUAUUGAUAGUCAUGGCCAUGCUGCCGCCCGGCCUUGGCUCCUCGUACCCCGUGGCGAUGGAUAUGGACCACGCCUACCCCCCCACCACCAUACCGCAGACCCAGGCGCAGCCCCAGUACGUGACACACCCCCAGCCGCAGCUCCAGCCCCAGCCACAGCCCCAGCCCCAGCCCCAGCCCAGCUCCAUGGAGCACCCUGAGGGCCCCAGAGAGGCGAUGGAGAUGCAGAGUGUCUCAGAGCCGCCGUACCAGUGCAAGAUCUGCGGGAAGGGCUUUGCUAUCCCCGCCAGGCUUGCUCGCCACCACCGCGUCCACACCGGGGAGAAGCCUUUCAAGUGUGAAUUCUGCGACAAAACCUUCAGCGUCAAGGAGAACCUCAAUGUGCAUCGCCGCAUCCACACCAAGGAACGACCCUACAAGUGUAACAUCUGCGAUCGCUCCUUCGAACACUCCGGCAAGCUGCACCGCCACAUGCGAACCCACACCGGAGAGCGGCCCCAUAAGUGCGAGGUGUGCGGCAAGACAUUCGUGCAGUCUGGCCAGCUGGUGAUCCAUAUGCGCGCCCACACUGGAGAGAAGCCAUACACGUGUGAGUACUGCCAGAAGGGGUUCACGUGCUCCAAGCAGCUCAAGGUGCACAUCCGCACGCACACGGGCGAGAAGCCUUAUGAGUGCGACGUGUGCGGCAAGACCUUCGGCUACAACCAUGUGCUCAAGAUGCACAAGAUGUCCCACCUGGGAGAAAAACUGUACAAAUGCACGCUGUGCGAGGAGUUCUUCAGCUCCCGCAAGGCGCUGGACCGCCACAUCAGGGAUCACAACAACCCCUCCGCCCACCAACCCCAGCCCUGCCACUCCAACCAGGCCCAGACCUCCGCCCUGCCCCAGCCCCAGAAUCUCCACUGGAAACCCUCUCCCCCCACCAGGGAGCCCGAGGUGGUGGACGUGCGCGACUCCUCGUCGUCGUCCAGCACGUCCAAUUCGCCGCCCGCGAAUCCCUCGCCCGUGGCCUCCUGGGACAGCGACUCCAUGGACCCGCACCAUCCGCUGACAUUUCGUGACUUCCGCAGAAGCUCCCCCGAUUGUCCCGUCGCCAGUGGACCAGAGGUGUACACCUGUUACGGAAGCGACGGAGUCGGGUCUCGAUCCCCUGGAUACAUCAGUGAUGACAGCGGUCGAGGCGCUAGCCCCGUCAGUGACACUCUCUCCCCACCUCGAUCUCCAAUCCCUGCUGGACCUGCUGUAACCCCGCCCCAUCUCCUGGAGCCCCCGCUCACCCACCCGCAGUCCAUCGACUACAACCUGCUGCUGCGGCGCCUCUACCCUGACUUAGUGACUCCCCGCGCCGAAUCUUCGCCGCGCCUCACGCUCACCACAGAAACGGGCGAGCGCGUCUCCUAUCCCUACGAGAUUCUGCUGCGGCUGCAGCGCAAGACGGAGCAGAGUCUGCUGGAGGAACAGGAGGCCGUACGGCGGCAGCAGCAGCAACUGAAGGAGCACCUGCGGCGGGAGGAGGUGCGCCACAAGCGCGAGCGCGUGUUCAUCGAUACCGUGCAGCGCGUGCUGGAGGCGCUGAUCGGGCGGGAGCAGCUGGAGCGGCUGGGUCACCCCAACAACUCCACGGACGAGGUGCUGAUGCGCACGCUGCAGGUGAUGGGCUCCCAGCCCUGCAAGGAGCCCUCGCUCUCUCCCAUCGACCGCAUUAAGGUGAACCUCAGGCUGCUGCUGGAGUGCAGCGUGCCGGACCAGGAGAUGUGGGCCAAGUUCGGAUGGCGAGGCAAGCCCAUCGACGACAUCGUGGCGGAGUUCCUCAACUUCUGCUAGUGAGGGGAGGUGCUCCGUGCCGCGCCGCCGCGACGGCACGCUGAUCUCAGGACUCCCCUCCGCGCCGCUCAGUAUUGUGGACUCUCGGGGCCACGCUCUAGUCAUCGCGACUCACCAUCCUGUACAUUCCAUAUUGUAUUUAAUGCACAAUCAGCGGCACUCAUACCUGACGUGUCCAACAUAAGUCCAUAUACAUAUAUAUUAUACGUAUAUAAAUAUAUAUUUUAAAUGUAUUGUUAAUAAAUGACAAGAUAUAA